AUGGCUGAGGCCACUCUUCACAACGCUCCCAUUGUCAUUGACAAUGGCAGCGGUACCAUCCGUGCUGGAUUUGCCGGUGAGGAAAUCCCAUCAUGCUACUUUCCGUCGUUCGUCGGUCGGCCAAAACACCCCCGGGUCAUGGCCGGUGGUCUGGAAGGAGACGUCUUUAUCGGACAACGAGCCCAGGAAUUGCGCGGUCUACUCAAGAUCAGGUAUCCGCUAGAACAUGGCAUCGUGACGGAUUGGGAUGAUAUGGAGAAAAUCUGGCACUACGUGUACGAGAAUGAGCUGAAGACGCUGCCCGAAGAACACCCUGUACUAUUGACGGAGCCGCCGCUCAACCCGCGCAAGAACCGUGAUACAGCAGCCCAAAUUAUGUUUGAGACGUUUAACGUACCAGCCCUAUAUACGUCUAUCCAGGCCGUGCUGUCACUCUACGCGUCGGGGCGGACUACCGGUGUGGUCUUGGAUUCAGGGGACGGGGUGUCCCAUGCAGUUCCGGUGUUUGAGGGUUUCGCGAUCCCGAACAGCAUUCGAAGGAUUGACGUCGCCGGUCGAGAUGUUACAGAGCAGUUGCAGCUGCUGCUCCGGAAAAAUGGACAUGUGUUGCAUACCAGUGCGGAAAAGGAGGUGGUGCGGAUGAUUAAGGAGAAGGUUUGCUAUGUCUCAUUGGAUCCGAAGCGAGAGGAGAAGGACUGGAUGAACAGCUAUCACAAGUCGGAGUCGAAGUCAGUAGACUAUGCUUUGCCUGAUGGGCACAAAAUCAAGAUUGGACAAGAACGUUACCGUGCCCCUGAGAUUCUCUUUGAUCCCGAACUCAUCGGCUUGGAAUACCCUGGAGUACACCAGAUUGUCCAGGACGCCAUUACCCGUACCGAUCUCGACCUGCGGAAGUCACUGUAUCUCAACAUCGUCCUUUCUGGAGGAACGACUCUGUGCAAAAACUUCCCCGAUCGACUGAUGCGUGAGAUCAAGCGUUUAGCUGUUGAAGAUAUGAAGAUCCGAAUCUCUGCACCUGCCGAGCGAAAAUACACGACCUGGAUUGGUGGCGGUAUUCUCGCUGGCUUGAGCACAUUCCGAAAGAUGUGGGUUAGCGCAGAUGAGUGGCACGAAGACCCUGAGAUCAUCCACCGGAAGUUCGCCUAA